ACUUCAGACAUCAGCAUUUCCUUCUCAUGCCUGAGUGUCUAAGCAGUACUUUCCUUUUCUCAUCGUCUCUGAAACACUCUAGGCAGCAGAAACUGCAAUCAUGUCUUUUACCGGAGAUGUGUGUGUGGUAACAGGAGCGUGUGGCUUUCUUGGGGGUAAGCUAAUUAAGCUACUACUGGAGGAGGAGAAUCUUGCAGAGAUACGACUGUUAGACAGAUGUAUUCGACCUGAGCUCAUUCAGUCACUAGAAGAUUGCCAGGGUGAGACAAAACUGAGUACGUUCGAAGGCGACAUCAGGGACAGUGAGCUGCUAAGGAAAGUGUGUAAAGGAGCAUCCGUUAUUUUCCACACUGCCUCUCUCAUCGAUGUCACAGGAUCUAUUAACUACAGUGAACUGUAUGGGGUAAACGUGAAAGGUACCAAAUUGCUUCUAGAGGCAUGUAUACAGGAGAAUGUUGCUUCCUUCAUAUACACCAGUAGCAUUGAGGUUGCUGGUCCAAAUCAUCGUGGUGACCCUAUCAUCAAUGGUAAUGAGGACACAGUGUACAACGCUUACUUAAAGUUUCCCUACAGCCAGACCAAGAAGGAAGCUGAACAGCUUUGCCUUAACGCCCAGGGUGCAAUGCUACAAAAUGGAGGCCGACUGGCUACCUGUGUUCUCAGGCCGAUGUAUAUGUAUGGUGAGGGCUGCAGGUUUACUUUAGGCCACAUGAGGGACGGAAUUCGGAAUGGUGACGUGUUACUGAGGACUUCGCGACGUGAAGCUAAAGUCAAUCCUGUAUACGUUGGAAAUGUGACUCUUGCACAUCUGCAGGCCGCGCGAGCUCUGAGGGAUCCAAAAAAGAGAGUAGUGGUUGGUGGGAAUUUUUACUACAUCUCAGAUGACACUCCACCUGUCAGCUAUUCUGACUUCAACCACGCUGUUCUGGUAUCACUUGGCUUUGGUAUACAGGAUAAACCCACCUUGCCCUUCCCUAUUCUGUACCUCAUCUGCUUUCUCAUGGAGGUGGUCAAAGUCUUGCUCCGUCCCUUUCUAAGCUUUACCCCACCACUGAAUAGGCAGCUUUUGAUCAUGCUAAACACACCUUUCACCUUCUCUUAUCAAAAGGCCCACCGAGAUCUGGGAUACACUCCUCGUUAUAACUGGGAAGAGGCACGCAAACAGACAACCGAUUGGCUGGCAUCAGUCUUGCCCAGAGAAAGACAACAAAUCAAUAUGAAAUAAAAACCCACAAUAGUGUACUUUUUGUUUUGCUAAAUUUUUAAUCGAAUGUGACUGCUUAAAAUAGUUAAAUCUCUCAGGCAACUGUGCAUUAAAAUGAAAUCUUUUUAGAUUUAAAUGUAUGGGUUUAAAAAGAUGAAUUGUCAUUGUCAUUAAUGAACAUGAAUAAUCACAGAAAAUUAUUCAGGUCAUAUCAAGAAACCUUAAAUGAAGCUCCACAAGGCUACACAUGUUUGGUGUUUUUGUUUUGUUUCAAUAUUUUUUAGACUAUGAUUUAAUACUGAUUCAGAAUGUGGACUGUGUAUUAUAUGUAAAGAAUGCUUUAUUUGAAUGACUUGCUUUUAUUUGAAAUAUACUGUAUAAUCAAUGUAAAAAUCCAAUCAAUAAAGGAUCAACAUUGAGACACUGUA